UUUCAUCCGCUUCUCCCUCCAGGGAAUAAGGUAAACUAACUGCGAGGGGAGGAAAAGGAAAGCUCAUUAACGCGGGAUGCGAGGCGCGCUAAGCCAACCACAAAAAAGUGAAUUUGGCCUGUCAGUCUUUCUAUUUCUAACUGUUAUUCUUUCGAGAAGAGGAGACACAUCCGAGAGAAACAAGGACUACAAGUCGAAAACCGCAAAGUGAACGGGAAUCAGCAGGUGUGUGAAGGGGACUUUGGUAGCAGCAGAUGGAAAUCAGGAAGGUCAGCAACUUAGACUCAAAGUUUGGGAGCUGCUGAGCAGACCAUUUCAAGAGGCUUUGGAUAAACAAAACGGAGGCAGGAAAAUGACCUAAUUAGCAACAAGCGUGACGAACAACCUGGUGCAAAUGUGUUUGUGGUAAUUUCCCCAGUUUCACCCGCAAGGAAGACACAUGCAUCAGCGCAUAUACACGUACAACAUUACAAACCCUGCCCUUCCCUUCCUGCCAUCCGCCCCAGUCCUCCAUGGAUUCCUACAACUUCCACUUUGAGAGAAUGAGCAACGUGGACCUGCAUCCUCUGAGCCUGCCUGUCAGCCGGCUCUCCCCAGCCAAGUCCAAUAGCAGCAUCGCCGACCAACUUGCCCAUCACCAACACGGCAAAGGAGACUCUGCCUACAGCUCUUUCUCUGGCGGGUCCACUGCCCCAGACUACCCCUCUCCCUUUCUCUCAGACGACCUACAGUCCAACUCCUUCAGCCACUAUGCUGAUCUUAAGUAUGUAAAGUCUGUUUACCACCCGACCCAAGUUUUGCAGUCUGACUCAAAGACCAUGGACCAGCUCUAUCGCUCUGUGGAAGCUAUCUCACAGCAGUAUCGCAACAAUACCAGCACCAAUGUAAACCACCACAACCAAGGUAAUGACAGUUUCCAUACCAACAACAAAGCACUAUCUAAACAAGAGGUGCCUUUGGGGGCUCCGUCCCAAGGUGCUUACCCUCCUGUCCGUCCUCCUCCAGUCCCAGAACGCCUGGAUAGUUUCAUAGCCACAAAAAACUUGGAGAACAGCAGGGUCCACCACCACGUUACUGAGUUUAAACCCCAGCAGCCACAGCCUCAACAACAGCCCAGACCACACAAUCGACUCCAUCCACAGCCCCAUGGUCUGAAUUCCCCAAGACCUGAGACGGCUAACUCAGAUACAGGUAACUCAAGCUUCAAUUCUGACCCAGUGUACUCAGUUUGGAGGGGCUCUCAACAGCAACAGCCACAGGCCCAGCAGCCACCAAGCUACCGCCCCCACCUCCAGCAUCAUGACCAGACCAGAACAUUGAACCCAGAAUACCUUUUCAUCACAGAUAAGAAAGCUGCCUCUGAGCAGCAGAAGUCAACAAACAUCCUAAGCCGAUCACCUCCCCAAGACACAAGACAGCCUGAGCACCUGAAACCCAGACAGCCCUCAAGCAGUGGUGCAUGUAAUGGAGACCAUCACAACAAGACCAGUGGUAUUAGUGGCCAUUUUGAGAGUCAGCGCAAAAGGGCGCACUCAGCUCAUGAUUGGCUUGGUUCAGAGCCAACCCGACCUGCCAGCCCCUGGAAUGCUAGUCAGAGUUUUAUCAACAGCAGCAUCAAGCAUAAGGGUCAGUUCUACUUUGUCACGGGAGUGUGUAAACUGUCUGAAUCUGGUAUGAGGACACACUCUGCAUCUGUGUGUGGGUCUGAAGCUGGGAGUGAGAGCUCCACUGUGUUGGACACUCACCGGCUAAGAGAAAAAGAAAGAUGCCACAGCACAAUGGAUAAUUUGUUUACACCUCUCCAAGAGAACUCUCGCACUUCCAGUGGCAUUAUUCCAGAUGAGAGAGAGGCUUUCCUUUCUGUGUCCCAGGGCAAGGACCUGUCCUCCAGGAGCCAGGAUCAGGAGAAUCGCAGACUAUCCAUCAUCUCGACACAGUCCUCUCAAAGCUUUGACACCUUAGAAGAAAUUGACAUGAUGCAGAGUCGAGAGAUUGGCCGACACACUGCCAACAACCCUAUAUUCUACUGUGGACCUGACAGAAACUGCCCACCACAUUCAACCACACAAACGAAGGAGGUCGACUCACUGAUAAGCAAUGAACAGCCCAACCACCCCAACCGAGUGGAGCAGGCAAAGAGAGGGAAACGGCAGCCCUUGGGGGAUGUAGCCAGCGAGAGGAUAAACAAAGAAACAACCCCGCUUCUGUACCACCUCACCGGAGCCAGCAGGUCAGCAUUACAGCCUAAAAAGGAUGCUAAUUUCAAUAUAAAAGGCAAGGAAGCAAUCCUAAACAAAACAGGUCAUGGAGACAUGGCUGUUAACGAUAAUGAGAGACCUCCAGAAGGUGACACCAGCAAGAACGAUAGGGGGGAAGUUAUCUCUGUUGCCUGCAACACCCUCGAUGACUCAUUUAAAAAGUACUACAAAGAGAAGCUGAAGGAUGCCCAGUCUAAAGUCCUAAGGGAGACGUCAUUUAAAAGGAGGGACCUGCAGCUGUCAUGGCCACACCGUAUCAGGCAAAAACCUGAGCUGAGGCCUACAGUGAUUCACACUUUCUCCUCAUCACAGGACUCUGAGACUUCCACAGACACACUCACUCCCUCUGUGACCUCUGAGGAGACAGAGAGGGGGAGCAUAAAAGAAGAAGUCAGGGAGAAUGAGAAGGAGAUGGACAAAGAGACUGAAAAGGAAAACGGGAGACCAGCAAAUGUGGCCCAGCCCCAGGUAGCACGCAUCGGAGGCAGGAAGCGAUUGACUCCACAUCAGAAAAAGAUGUGCUACUCCGAACCAGAUAAACUCAACCAGCUUGGUGGUGCCCCCGUCCACUCUGCUUGCCGCUCCUUUGGCAACGAAAGUGACAACCUGUUUGCAGCUGAAUGCGAGGGAGAGGAGCGUGUGCAGCAAGGAGAGCAGGGGCUGGUUGCAGCUCGGAGGAAGAUGUUUGAGACAAGAGGUCGAGCCCUUUCAGCCUCCAGCGCUUCAAAGACGAACUUAAAGCAUCUGCAACACAAGGCUCUGGUGGAGUACAUGGAGCGUAAGACAGGCCAGAAAGUGGCUGAGCCACAGCAACCAGCACCUCAGUUACCACCUUCAUCCAGACAGAGGCAUUCUCUGGGGGAGAAACCAUUUGACUGGGGUCCCAGGCCUCUAUCAGGAAAUCAUGAAGGCAAAAACACCAAGAAGAAACUCCACAGACCCCACUCUGCAGGCCGCAUCCUUGAUUCCUCCACCAGCUCCAUCAGAUAUGCCCAGUUCUUCUCAGCUCAGUCUUGUUCAGGCCAAUAUGCUAGCCAGUCGAAUCAACCCAGAUGGAGGGAGAGCCAAGGUACAUCUCAGGGGAGGUCUGCCUCAGUGGAGAGUCUCUUGGACCAGCCAGAACCACCCAGUUUCUUCAGGAACAGAUCCACAUCCACACCACAUUCAAUUGAGGUACAUGUCUUUGAGAAGGAUCCAUUACCAGUUAAUACUAUGGAAACGUGGAGUCCCCAGAAGGAUACCACUGAGGACCCCAUAAUAAAGCCAGCCCCUGAGGGCCAGCAGCGUGUCCGUGUGGUUGCACAGAGGGGGAAGUCCAUGGAAGAGCUUGGGGCAUCAAAGUUAACAAAACUGUCAGCCCUGAGUAAAAGUUCUGAGCAGCUGGAUCAACUGUGGAGGUAUUCAACUGGACCAGGAGGACCGGCAAGAGACAAGAGGAGUGUUCCAUUCUUUGCUGAAGUCAGAGAAGCCCAGGGGCAGGACAGAGGGAGGAAGAAACAAUAUGUAACAGAGCAAGCGGGAAAAGAAGCAGAGAUUGUUGGUCAGAAGAACACUCAGGGACAGACACAAAACCAAACCCAGAAAAAGUCUUUGUUGAAGCAGAACUCAGAACCAGGGGAGGAUGCCAUAGUAGGAACAAGGAACUCAAGUAGAUCCACCUCCCCGGCCUCCUGCUCCUCUUCCCGGGCCAGGGUUCUCUCUGGACCUUCUGGAUCUCACGGCCCUGUCACACAUGAUGAUUUCAGGUCCAGUAGACCGCCCAGUGAGACAUCAUCUAACCCACCUUCCCCCAGAGGUCUAGAGACCAGUGAGAGGGAGAUCAAAUCCACCUCGUCCACCCCCACCCAGACAAAGCUUCCUUUUGAAAACAGGCCUAGCUCCAGAGUUAGGACUUCUCCUUCUCUGACUGGAUCAGAGAGAGAGCAGUCGGUGGAUGAACCAAGCAAUGACGCCCUGCCACCUGAUUCAAACCAUGAAGUGUCUCUGAGCUGCGGCGUCACUACAGAUCCGUCGCUGUGGAUUAUCCCUCCAGAAGAAGAGAUCAAAGAGGAAGUCCAGACUUCACUGCUGACAGACAACGUUUUUGACGACGAGUCCAGCUCGGCCCCUCUGACGCAGACAAGUGAAACCUCUGUGUCUCCCUGCACCUCGGUCUAUGACACAGACAUCAUUCAGCAGGUGGAAGAGGAGAAAACCCCAGAAACGGAAGAUGAGAAAUCGGGAGAAAACCAGGAGAUGGAGGAGCGGGGAACACCAGAGGGAGAGACGGAGAGCCUGGCGAGGCCUGUGGAGAGACCUCAGUGGGAGGAGCUUGUAGAAGCAGUGGUCAAGGCCGACCAAUCGCUGGCCAGAGUGCUCUACCCACUGGCCAAUCGUAAGACGGCACUGAUGCUGAUGGAGCAGCUGCUGUCAGAGGACACGCUGCUGAUGGAGGAGCACUACAAGAAGAAACAGGAGCAGAAAGGAGCUGCAGAAAGUGCUGAAACGGUCGAAGGGGCUGAACCAUCUCCUUGUCUUUCUGCUCCUGACAGCCUUAAACCUCAGAGUACAGACCUGCAGAGCAAAGCUGACGUAACUAAGAAGAAGUGUCUGUUAGUGUCUUAUAUCGAGGCGCGUCUGCGUUCUCUGGAAGACACGCGUGGAGCCCUCCAGACAGAGAUUCAGGAGAACGUUGCCCACGGGAAGGCCCUGGAGGUACUGGUCCGUGAGCAAUGUCUGCCCGUGGAGCUGGAGAGGUACAACCUGUUCAUAGGAGACCUGGAGAGGGUGGUCAACCUGCUGCUGUGCCUCUCUGCUCGGCUGGCCAGGGUACAGAACGCCCUGAGCACCGUGGACGAACACACAGAUGCUGAGGAGAAGCAAUCUCUGGACAGUCGCCACCGUCUGCUGUGCAAACAGAGGGAGGACGCCAAAGAUCUGAAGGAUAACCUGGACCGGAGAGAGAAGCUGGUCUCCACCUUCCUGACGCGUCAGCUGUCCGCCGAGCAGCUGCAGGACUACCGCCGCUUCGUCCAGACCAAGGCCUCGCUGCUCAUCCGGCAGAAGGACCUGGAGGAGAAGCAGAGGCUGGGAGAGGAGCAGCUGGAGGCCCUGUCCAACAGCCUGAAUCUGUGAAGGGAGGAGCAACGAAAGCACUGAUUUCUUCUUUCUUGACUUGCCUUGAAGGAGGGAUGGCUUGUUAAAAAAAACAAAAGAAGAAGAAGAAGACAUGUAGAGAGUUUUGGCUGUACUUUUUCUGGCUCAGUUUGCCACAUAGACACAUAAGGCAUGGAUUAUAAGUGGUCCAGCUGGUAUCUCCAACCCUUUGCACCCUUUCAUGACUUUCUUUUGUCUUUUAAAAAGAGUUUGGCUACUGGGGAGAACCCAUCAUGCCAUCUGCUCUCCUCUCAUAACUAUAGGCCAUACAUGAGAUGAUCAAUAAAGACUGUUGAGACUGAAGCUCCUUGCCGUUUUGUCAUCUACUGAGGGUGUCCAGAAUGCUCACCCAAUCUCCGCCCAUUGUCAUUCUCAGUCUACAAAAUCUGCAAUGUGCAUUUGAAGGCUUUUCCCAAUAUGUUGUACAUGUGGCCGUUGAGGACUGAACUGUUUUUCUGUGUGCCUUGCUAUUGGUGUUGCUGUGGUUUUCCAUUAGAGCUGUUGGGUGGAAACCUUGCGUCCCCUGUUAGCAAUUCAGCAACUGUCCUUCACUUAUUAUUAAGAUUGUAGUGCUACAGCCCCGUAUCUGCACCUGUGGAAACCUAUUAUAAGCUUUAAGAUUGUAUUUUGACCAGUGAAAGAGAGUAGCCUGAGAGGGGGCGGUGUACUGUAUCAUGUCAGUAAAAUGUACAAUAGAUAUAGUAGAUUUAAUCUUUUUUUAUGUUCUUAUUUUUAAAUGUAUUUCAAAUUAAGGCACUUAAAACCAAAAGGGUGAAUGAAAAAAGCACUUUGUAAUGAUACAUAAAUGCACAUUUCUUCAGAUCAGAUUUGUUUUCAAAAUAAUCUCAAGUGAAAGCCUUACUCCAUCCAUUUAAACAAUAUUUUACUACUUUUGUCAUUAAUAUUAAAUAGGAAUGUUGAAAUAAUGUUUUUCAAAAGGUACAUGAGCACACCCAGAAACAUUAAGGAUUGUGUACAAAUACUUUUCCAGCUAAUUUCAUACUUAACGUUAUUAAGUCUUGAUGAUUUCAUGCUGGAACGGUUCCUCAUACGGAGGUGCUAAACCUCUUUAAAGCAGAUUAUUAGUAAGCAACAAUUAUAUCACUGAGUAUUUUCUCCCAAUGUCCCUUUGUCCCUUACUUGAAAUACUUUUUUUAAAAGAGGAAAGUCCACAAUCUUCACUUCAGGUAUCUUAAACUAAUUUUCUAUUCUCUACCUCCACAGCGUAGCCCCUUUUAGACACUUGUAGCCUUUAAGUUUAUUUAAACUUGCACAGCUUUAGUUUAAAAGCUCUUCUUGAUAGCCCUGAAUUAAAACACACUCUUGAAUCACAUGACUUUCCCCCUAUUUUUUAAAGAAUCUCACAUUUUAAAAACUACAUCUGUGAUUCUACAUUAAUAUUUGUCAUUAGUUUUUAUAGUUGUAUUAAUUUCUUUUUAGUGAAUCUUUAACCAGACACAUCGGAGAGCUGUUGCUCUACGUCAGAAUAUGUGCAGCGUGUGUGUGUAUGCUUGAAAUCUUGAAUGUCUUAAUUUUGUGCGUGUAGAGAUUAGUUGUUGAGCAGAAAGACAGAACUCCUCUCGGUGUUUGCCGUGCACGUUUUCAACAAAACUCCUAUGAAGUCAUAAAGUGAUCAAAAUGUUAUCAUCCCUCAGGAAAUUAUACCUGUUGGCUGUACUGAAAAAACGGAUCCAGUGUCUGGGUCGACUGUUGUGUAUAUGAUUUUUAUGUAAUAUUGACCACAAAGAGGCAGAGCAUCAUCGAACAGCCUCCACACACAUAAAUAAAUGCAUUCACUAACUCAAAAUGUCAAAAAAGUGGAUAAGUGAACAACUAAAAGCAGGUUUUUCUCAGAAACUGGAAACCCUUCCAUGCUGAAAGGUAUUGUCAUGUUUUUUGCUAAACAGUUUCACCACCUCCACCACCACCCCUAAAGCAUUUCUCUGGAGAUUUAUUACUCUGCCCGUUUCAGUUUGCUAAACAAACGUAUGUUUGUUUUGGGCCUUUGUGCUGACGCAGGGCUGAAGGGUUAGAAAGAAACUCAUGUUGUUCCCUGCAGCCUGCUGGAAUUCCUAAAGUAUGCAAAAGACCAACAUUUUGGAGAAAGAAAGACUGGGGGAGAGAGAGCGAGGAAAAAUACUCCCACGAAGGAGCAGCAUGUGGAUAAAUACUCAUUUCAGUUUUUGCUAUGUGUGCAUACUAACAAACGUUUGGCAACUUCCUGAGUCAUUUCUUGUUUCUGUCAUUCAAUCAAAGCAGUGUUUUGUUGAGGUCGCAGGAAAGGGGCCUGUUUUUGAAGUAGGAUUAUAUUUGUUUAGUUGGGGAUUUUGUUUCAAAUACUGGUGUGACUGAUACAAACUGAAUUUGUUUUAAAGCCAAGAAGGAAAGACAUAUUUCAGCGAGUCCCUGGUGUUGGUAUGACAGCAGAGACAUUUCUAAAUCCACUUUUUCUGCUAUAUUUCACACCUGUUUUCUGUUGGGUGUUUGAGUCGUCUUUUGUGCCUGUUUGGAGUUGUAAAUUCCAUGAUGUUUGUAAUAUUGUGAAUAAAUUAAGCUCUCCCUCUC